AAGUCAGCACAGCAGCCAGUGAAGCAGAGUAGCUGUGACGUCAUGACAUGGUGCCCCGUCCAUUUUUGGCGGAGGAGAAGUUAGUGUGGCUUCGACAAACACGGUGUCGUAUUGAAGCGAGUAACAGCUGAAACGAGGCGAUACGAUAUCUGUAUAGUGACAGAUUUGUAUCUUGCUUAGAGGCGUGUCACAUCAUAAAACAUUUUUUAAAAUUUUAGCUAAGGUGACAUUACUUAAUGUGUCAUUAUUAGUGAGUUAACUUUACCGUAAAAACCUGGCGAAGAAGACCCCAUCAGGCGGCUCUGGAUUCAAGUCCCACUGUCGUCAACGUCAACUGUGUGGAAAUCCUGGAUUUGGCUGCCUGUACAUUAAGUUUCCGCCGCUGUCAAUAAAUAUGGUCAUUCAUCUUUGGAGUGGUUCGCAUCCUCGGCUGAGUUGUCCCGUAUGAACCGGGUUGAAGCAGCGACGAGGGGUCGGGGGCUCCGCCAGCAGAGCGGGGCUUCAGGAUGAGGAUGCCCAGAGGAGGACGCUUGUUCCUGGCGAUGUGCCUCGGCUCGCUUCUGGUCCUCGUGCUUUACUUCCAGAGCAUCACCAAGCCAGAGCCCGGUGUGAAGACUGACAGCAGACCAGGGAAAAGCAGGAGAAGUCCACUGCAGACACUCUACAAUGGAGACCAGCAGCUGGAGCUGUCGGCAGCUCAGAGGUCCCUCCAAGGCCGCAGGGAGCUGUUGGAGCAGGCGUGUCUGAGCCACACGAGGAAGCGCCGGGUGCUCUCGCCUGAGGAUCUCAAACACCUCAUUGUGGAUGAUAAACACAGCCUUAUUUACUGCUACGUGCCCAAGGUGGCCUGCACAAACUGGAAGCGUGUCCUCAUGGUCCUCACCAGUGACGGACGCUAUACCGACCCCCUCGCCAUCCCUGCCAACGAGGCGCACGUAGCCGGCAACCUCCGCACACUUUCCGAGUUCUCGGUCCCAGAGAUCAACCAACGCCUUCGCAGCUACCUCAAAUUCAUCUUCGUGCGGGAGCCCUUCGAGCGUUUGGUGUCCGCCUACCGGAACAAGUUCACGCGCCGCUACAACACCGCUUUCCACAAGCGCUACGGAACCAAGAUCAUCCGCCGGCAUCGGCCCAACCCGGAGCCCGAAGCACUGCAGAAAGGGGACAACGUUUCUUUCCACGAGUUCGUCCAGUAUCUCGUGGAUCCUCGGACCCAGCGGGAGGAGCCUUUGAACGAGCACUGGGAACGCGUGCACUCCCUCUGCCAUCCAUGUCUGAUCCACUACGAUGUAGUGGGCAAGUACGAGACUCUGGAGCCGGACGCUCAGGCUGUGCUCAGGUUAGCCGGAGUGGAGGGGACGCUUGAAUUUCCAACAUCUGGAAAGAGUACCAGGACAGACGGAAACAUGGCCGCACGCUUUUUUAAGCAAAUCAGUCCUUUCUAUCAAAAGAAACUGUUCAACCUGUAUCGCAUGGACUUCCUGCUCUUCAACUACUCCACACCAGAGUAUCUCAGGACUCGGUGAUUGGCAGAGAAUGAAGGACAGUCAUUAGUGCCAUGAAUGGAUCACAUCUCAUUUCAGCAAUGAUGUCUUUGCACUUUGUGGUCUAUCACAGACUCCUCACUACUACUCCCCCUCCCCCCAAAAAAAAGACUACAGAGAACGAACACGAUUCAAUUCUCUGGUAAAUGGAAGUGAAUUUCUUACUGGGAGGGAAAAAAGACACAGUUUGUGCUGAAAUUGACCAAGAAUAUGUCACAUUUACUGCCAGUGUCUUGUUGAUGUUUAGCAGAGCAGAAUCCAGACAGUGUAUUUUGAAAGUGCAGUUUAAUACAUUAACUUGUCGACAAGCCCUUUCCAUCAGGGCUGUAUCUUUAGUUAGAAUUCAGUAUUUAUUUUUUUAUUUACUUUUUUGUUUUCUUUUUCUUGCCUAGAUGUUAGGUCGUCAAAUUGAGCAAAUCUUUCUUUGACUUGGUAGUUUUUGUGUGUCCGUGGCUGUGGAGUCGUUGUAAUGUGCCUUACUUAACUUUGCUGUGCUGCAAUCCACAGUUAAAAAGGUUUCCUAUGGCUUCCCCCCCACCCCCAUCCCCCACCACCCCCGUGCCAUACAUUCACCUCAGAGGAGCGGGUUCUCCUCUCUCGCUGGCGGAGACGGUGAAUGUGCCGACUGUGAACCUGAACACAGCACACCGUUUCAAAGCACCUACAGCACAAUCUCUCUGUAAGGCCUUAAUUUAUGUGUGUCAGAGCAUGAAGUAUUUAUUAUGGAACCGUGUGGAUCUGGUGCUCCUCAUUUUGUGAAAAUGAAUUGAAUUAUGAGGAGUUUUUUUUUCUUUCCUAGUAAAUAUUGACUUGUACGGAAAGUCACUCGCUGUCUUGGCUUUUGCACAUAAACUGAUGCCAAAUCGAAAUCUUCCGAGCACCUCUAUACUUUACCAUAUGAUACACUUUUCUUAUCAAACCCGUGGCGAAUAGAUCCAGAGCUUUCUUUGACACUAUCUUUAUAUCUCUUAUAGGAAAUCCUGCAGUGAAAAAUGUGUCACCGUCGCCCCUCUAUCACUGUCUGUAUUUAGCUCUGGGCAGGUAGGCUGAACAAACAACUGCAUAGCUGUGGUCAGGGCCGGGUCCAGCCCUGCAUUAGUCCUGCUCUGAGCUCCCCUUGUUAGCAUGAAGGCAGGAACACCAAGGGGUUAAUCCACAUCCAGUAAUCUUCCGCUGCACUGAACGACCCCGUUCAGCACAUGUCGCUGCGUUUAUGCUAAUAGCGCAGACGUUAAUGUAGGAAAAAGUGUUUAUUAAUGAGCGGGAAGAUCUGCUCGUGACAAACGGAUUCAUUGUUCAUGAAAAAGCAACAUAAAACCCUCUGCUACAUCAGCCUUUGAAUGGAUGAGUUGCAUUGUGGGUGACGUAGGAAGAAGAGGGUGUAGAAAGUAGAACCUAAUUUAACAGCUUCUGAGUCAUUGUGAUGGUUAAAUGGCUUGUUGUUGCGAGAUUGGGCCAAACUGCUCCCAAACUGUAGGGGGAGCGCUGUAGAGAAAAAGGCGAAAAAAAGGGACCAGACUUGCAAAAUUCCGCUUAAAACUGCUGACGGGAGUCAGUGUUUAGUCCAUAAUUUCAUGAAAGUAUGUUAAAUGAUGCAACCUAAUUAGUGACUCAGACCGUUGUCUCGUUCUGUGUCUGAAAGAAAAAAACAGCAAGUGGUUUCAGGGAAAAAACGGGAGAUUUGACUUGCAUAUGAAAUGGCUCAAAUUUUGUUUAUAAUAUAUAGUAAAUGACAAAAAAAAAAAAUGUUUUUCCAGGGCUGUAAAUUCCCAAAAGAAAGGUUUUGCAGCAAGGUUUUGUAAAAGAACUAAAUCUGUACUAAUUACAGGCAAAACAGAAAGUGUGGUUUGAGUGACUCAGCAGAAUGUUAAGGAUCUGGCUCCGUUGUAGGGGAGCAUGAGAUUUGAGUAAAACUUCCAGUGAUAAAUGAUGAAUAAGUAUUUCCCAGGGUUUAAGGGGGAACGGUCUUAGAAGGGAAAUCUACUUUUGAACUCCAUUAACUGACUCCGUUUUUUGUUCGUUGAGAUUUUAGCUUUGUCAGUUUCCUUUACGGUUAGUACUGGAUUACACAAGUUUUCAUUUUCGAAGGCCUGUACAGGAAACACGAAACUCGCUGAAGUGCAUGAACAACACUUACCAUCUUAUGCAGCUGCCGUUGUCGUCCUACUUUCUUAUUUUGGGAGGAAACAUAUUUAUUUCUUCUGCCGCAUGUGUUUAGAUGACUCUGGUUCUCGUUCCAGUCCCAGUUGGAUCUGUUUCAGGUCAAAGUUUCAAAACAAUACUUCGCCCUUCUUUGAUUUCCACAGCAAAUAUGGUCCAGACUGUUGAGCAUUUGGACAUUGAAGCACAUUCACACAGAAAGAAAAUAAUAGAAUUUAGGGAUUUGAAGGGCACUGUUGCACAGAUGCACGUGUCGUGAAACAAAAUCAGCACAUUUAGAGGCCCAGUGUGUAUCAUUCACGACGGGGUAUUUGUCGAAAUAAAAUACACUACCCCUAAGUAUUAUGGCAACAAGUUGUGUUGUCUCAAAUACACCAGAUUUUUAGAAAUGUCCUCUUGGAGAUGAAUGCAUGUUUUCAGGAUGUUUAAGUCUUUUAAUGAUCUACAGAUUGGCAUUGUUUGGUUUGAUUCUUGUGCCGGACAUCGCGCUCAUGACUCUUCCAGUGACGACACUCUCUGACAUCACAUUAGUAUCAGCGCAGCAGGUACCAAAAAAAGCACCAGGUACCCGGUAUUAGCCCUAAUGGAAAAGCCAAUAAAAAAAAAAGUUGUUCAAACAUAAAAAGUUGAGUCUGUAUAAUGAAAAGCACCAAUAGUUGCCCGAAGUAGAACUUUUGACGUGUAACGUGUAACGGGAUUUGAUCGCUCGCUAACGUCUGUUUUUUGUCUUCAGUGGUGUACAUCUCAGUAUGAUAACCUGAAGCAAAAAAAUCACAGGAUCACACGGCUCUAAAAUGUCGCCUCCUUUGGCGAGGAUACAUUUAAAAGAAAGAGUCAUUAAAAGCAGCUCAUACCUUAGGGACCGUAUGGCAAAAGAAUGAGUGGUUUGGAUAUCUUGAUAUCUUUUAAAAAGACAUGCCUUGAAACCAUUUAUCAGUGUCUGUAUUUAGCCCAUGAUAGAAUACAAGGGGGUUGUUAACUUGGUGCUGUGGACUUGUGUAAUCCUCCACUCUCUAGUUCUUUUUCAGCUCAGGUUUCCAGUCGCUCCCUGCCCACGCGGUCAGUGACAUCAAAUCGCGUCGUGUGGUCUGACUGAAAGUAUGGGUCAUGUUUAUUAUAGUAUUGUCAAGAGUCUUUCCUCUUUUCUGUCCUCAGACAGUUUUAUUUAUUGAUUGGUUCUCAGAAUGUGAAAGAGGAUUUCAGAAACAAAUAACAGACCGUAGCUUAUUAUAUGUGGGGACUAUUUUCAUUCAAAGCUGACACAUGAACCCUCGGAGGCAGCGUCAGUCUGCAGAAAACUGUCCAAAUUCUGUGCUUCACUGCAACAGUUUCCAGUCUCCACAAAGGCCUUUGCGCUGGAGCACGUUCCAUUAAUCCACCCUGGAUAAAUUGGCAGCAUUUCACUAAAUCAGGACCUGUCAUGUUUGUGUUUAGUCAAUUUCUUGUCAGGAACAACUUUAAAACGUGACAUGUCCAGGAGUUACAGUAUCAGUGUAAACAGUUUUGUCCGGGGCAUGUGAAGACAAGUCGGAAACAGCACCGUCUCAUCCAUAUUAACUAUUUCGUGUAUGUCAGUCAGGUCUGCUCUUAAAACCAUGUUUUUCUUCCUGUUUGAAAGGUGCAAUAUCUGUGUUUUUUUACGAGUGACUGCUUCUUUUAUUCAAGCCUUACAUUUUUGUAUCAUCAUCGCACCAUUUUAUCCUAGUCGUAUUUCCACGGAGGGCAGGGUAAAAAUCAUGAAAUGGCCUCCUGUGUAGGAGGGUGUGUUCUAAGCCAUUAUCUACAGGAAACUGAAACUGGGGGAAAACAAUCACACCCUCAGUGUGUUUUUCUUCUCGCUGGCUUGAUGAUAUGCUGCACAAAAUAAUGUGUCUUUACCUUUUAAUUUCCUUUUUUUUUUUUUUCCUUCUGGAAAACACAGAAAACAAAUAACAAGUCAGUGGCUUGCUCUUGGGAAAGAGACUCGCUGUGUUUCCAUCUCAAGUGCCCACAUGGCGAUCAUCUCCAGCCUUUUCCUGCAGAAAUGUCCACGUUGUCGUUGGUGAAGGGGUGAACAGAGCACAGUUGAAGUGAAUCUCAUGCACCUGUUUACUUGUGUCACAAAACUGUGAAUGUGUUAAGUGAAGUACACUCACUGAUGUGAUUGAUUGACUGAUUGGCUGGUUACCCUUGAAGUUUCUACAAAUAAAAAAACCCCGUACAGCAGAA